GGACGUUGAACGUUCGGUGUCGAGAUUGUCAACUCCUCCCGACCGCCACCAAACGGCCAAACUACAGCCUCCCCACAGUCCUCUCUGCCGCGAGAAAAGAGAGCUGAGCUACCCUUUCUCGGGUUGGCGUUCGCCUCUCAUCCUCUCCUGCUCCUCCUCCUCCUCCUCCCCUUCUCUUGGCUCGUCGGAUGGUCUGAGCUGAGCUGACGUGAUCCUCUCGGACCGCUUUCCUCUCCAUCGGCUACAGCAUGUGGCGCUCUCUCUGGCGAUCCAUAGAUCGCUUCUCCCCUCAGUACUUCAAAUAUAUACUUAAUGAAUUGAGGGGUAUCAAAGUCGUCGAGAGGAGUAAUCGGGAACUUGUCAUAGACAUCUUGCAGUCUAUGGUAGAGAUAGUCACCUAUGGUGAUAAACAUGAUCCAAUAAUUUUCGAAUAUUUUAUGGAAUACCAAGUUAUGGCGGAGUUUGUUCGGGUACUGAAGAUUAGUAAAAAUUCAAGAAUUGAGGCGCCUUUGCUUCAGUACCUCAGCAUAAUGAUUCAAAACAUUGAAAGCGACCAUGCAAUCUAUUACUGUUUUAGCAAUGGCUACAUCAAUAGCAUCAUCACACACCCGUUUAAGUUUGAAGGGGGAGACUUGGCUUCAUACUACAUGUCAUUCUUAAGAGCAGUGAGCAGCAAACUCAAUAGAGACACACUCUGCCUUCUUGUAAAGGUUGAACUGGACAAUGUAGUUUCCUUCCCCUUAUACAGUGAAGCUCUUAAAUUUGCUCAACAUGGGGAAAAGAUGAUUCAGACAGCUGUACGUGCAUUAACCCUCAAUAUAUACAGUGUGAGCGAUGAUUUGGUGUAUGAGUUUAUAAAGACUCCUCCAACAGAAAAAUACUUCUCGGAUUUGAUGCAGAGCAUUAGAGAACAAUGCGUUCAUUUGGAUAGUAUUCUUCAUGCUCAAGAGGAGAAGUUCCCUUCUGGCAGAAUCAAAGACUUACGUUCAGAGACUGAAAAAGUAAUCGAUGAUCUCUACUAUUUAAAGGAUCUACUCUCUGUUGGUGAGUCCCAACUGAGUAGAUCAGUUUCGCAAAAUCUCCUCAACUGGCUUGUGCUUCCCGUCUUCCUUCCUUUAUCUCAGUUAAAGAAGAACAGUGGUUCAAGCCCAUCAGUUGUCACAUCUCUUUAUUUAGUUUCUCGUAUUCUUCAAGUUGUUGGUGGAAAGUCUUUGAUUAACCUUGUGGGGGUUGUUACAUUGUAUCCUUACAUUGAUGUGAAAGAUGCUGCCAGAGAGAACGGAGCUGAUGGAAGUAGGAAUGCUGAUUCUUUGGCAAACUAUAUCUCUCAAUUGGGAGGAUUUGUAUGUAACAGUUCUGAUGUUAUAGGAGCAGAAAGUAUGAAUGGAAACGACUCUAUAGGGCGAUUGAUGGCAUGUAAUUCAUCUGAUGAUGACUCUAUCAGUUGUGCUGAAGACGAUGAAUGCCAAAAAAGGGAUGGGAUUUUGUCGUUUAUAUGCUCAGACAAUCCCAGUGUACUGCUAGCAUCUUUGUUCUUGUUGCUUAUUUUGGCAGAAAGUAAAGAUCUUCAUUACUUGUUUGGGAAGAUAAUCGAGUCUCAUGUAAUAGUAGAAAUGAAGGUAAUAGAUACACUUCUGAAGGUUCUUGCGAGUCAAUCACAAGUAGCAGUACAGACAUAUUGGCACAUAGGAUGGUUCCUCCAGAAAAUGCUGGCAAUGCAAGGAAUGGAUCUUAGGAAUGAGACUAUUGUACUAUUUAAUAGAUCAUAUCAGCAGUCCAGGGAACAACUUAAGAAAGAACUCGAUGGAUGUUGGUUUGACUACAUCCCAGAUACUUUUAAAAAUGAAUGGGAGAGCUGUAAGAAAGUUCUCAAGGAAUCAUCCGAACAGAAAGAUCCCCUUUUUGCUCUAGAGCUUGCCAUGCGCCAGCAAAAGAACUCUGGCUAUGAGGGCUCUUCUUCUUCAGUUGCUUGGCAUAGGAUGGUUGAUGCAGUGAAGGUUUACAUUCUGCAUAUUCAUCUCAAGGCAUUCAUUUUGAAGCAAGAUCUGCCUGGAAACCCCAUUCCAGACCUGGCAAAUAGUCCCACAGAAUCUGGAACAACACAUUCUUCUGAUCAUUCCUCUGCAAACUUUGGUUCGGAGGUGCCUUUAGUAUCUGCAUUACCAUGUAGGAUUGCUUUCUCUAAUGCUGGAAUUCGGGACAUCUAUGUGAUACCAGUGGCUAGAGGCAAAUCAGGAAAGUUGCUUCUUAUGGAGAAACAUCCAUUCCGCACUCAAAGGGGAGUAGUAAUUGCAAUUGCUCCUCUGCCUGGUCUUAGUCCGAAGAUAGAUGAGGAUCACCCAACAUGGUUACAACUUCAGAUAAGAGAAUUGGAUCCAAGAUUUGACAUGAACAGGACUAGAAUUCACCCUUCCAAGAGCACGAAUCACGUUACAGAGGGAAGGUGGACGCUCGGCUUUUCGAAUGCUGAGACUUGUAUGGCCGCUCGGGAGAUGAUAGUUGAUGAAACAAGGAAUCAGAGAUCAUUUAUUGAAAGGCAAAUUGCCCAGCUUCUUCAGUGCGAUGGCAUUGAACUCUCAUCAGACACUUGAGGAAAUCAAUUCUCCGAUUCAUCGAUACAGUGGUCCGUAAAUUCACCCACUAACAAUUUUCUUCUGUUUCUUGUAUCCUGUAUCAUAUGUGUGCUUUUCGUGCUAAAUUUUGGGAUGCUGAGUAGUUGAUACAAGCUUGUAUUGUAGAAUGCUUGUAAUAAUCAUUGGGAAUCCGUCUUUCCUUUUGUCUAUCUUCGGGUGUAUUAGGCGUCACUAUAUAAUAAAACAUCAAAUAAACCAGGCAUUCUUAUUAUUUCCUUUGCCUCGUCUUUCACAAGAUCCACUUAUAUGUAAAAUCGAGUUCUUUUU